UGGGACUCAGUCUGCACCAAUGGCUAAAAGGAAGUUGCCAUGCACUCAGGCAUCAGACUAACUAGAGAAUGAAGAGUACCAUGUUCUAUUGUACAUAAUGACUAAGCAACUUUAGUCUUUCUAAGAUGAGAAUCUUUCGGCGUACAAUAUGUAUCUGCCUGUCAUUUCAGGUGAUACUCUUGCCAUUGGUCCUCUUUUUGAGUCCUAAGCUGAUCCCUCUGUUCUACCAAAGCCAAGAAAGAUAUAGAAGAGUAGAGACUAAAACAGACCAACGUAACAUUACCGUGUCCUUCACAACAAAACAUGAUGGGGUAUCUGAAAAAGGAGCGACUAUUUCAUUGUAUCCAAAAAGUACUAAAGCACCAAGCAGCCCCCUCAGUAGCACCAUCAGAAGGCCUUUAAAGGCACAGGACUUUGCAGCUGAACCAAAGUGGAGUUUUGGUGAUGAAUAUACAAUUGACACCUUAUCUACAAACACUAGUUGUCCCACCUCAGUGAAGUCAAAGGCUCUAAAUGCACCUUGGCUAUCACUCAUUUUCCUUCCCAAAAUUAUCCUUUUUAUGGACAAUCGUCAUUUCAGCAAGCAAAUAUGGGAUAGACUCCAGUACUUUACACCUCCAUACGGGUGGAUGGCAUUAGACUACACAGUGGUUAAGGAAGUGGUCUCGUCUCUCCCAACUUUGCUUGACCAGCAGAUCCUUUACACUGCCAUGAGGCCAGGAGGCCACCAGUGUAUCAGCUGUGCAGUAGUGGGGAAUGGAGGAAUCCUGAAUGGAUCAGGUGUUGGCCAGGAGAUUGACUCUCAUGAUUAUGUGUUUCGAGUGAAUGGGGCAAUAAUCAAAGGAUUUGAGAAUGACGUUGGCACCCGCACUUCAUUUUAUGGAUUUUCUGCUUUCACCAUGCUUUCCUCUUUGACGAACCUAAAUAAAAGAGGCUUCUCCAAACUUCCACAGCACAAUGAGACAAGAUACAUCUUAUUUGCUGAGGCACGUAGAGAUUAUGCAUGGUUAGAUGCUCUGCAAAAGAAUAAAACGAUCAACGACGGAAUCCUGGAGUCUUACAGGCAAUACCCCCGCAGUGAUUUUGGAGAUUCCUUCGACCCAAAGAAGCUAUUGGUUGCUCAUCCGGACUUUAUGAGAUAUCUGAAAAACAGGUUUGCACGAGGAAAUACCCUAAAAACGAAAUAUUGGAUGAUCUAUAGGCCAAGUACGGGUGCACUGCUACUGCUGACUGCUCUCCAUCUGUGUGACACGGUCAGCGCUUAUGGUUUUAUGACGGAAGAUUACCUGGACUAUUCUGAUCAUUAUUAUGACCUAAAAAAAACACCCAUCAAGUUUUACGCUAACCACGACUUCCGCCUAGAGAAAGACUUGUGGAAUCGCCUGCACAAGCUGAAUAUUAUAAAACUCUACCAGCGGACAUAGAUAGAAAAUAUUGUGUGGAACUGUAUGGAAUGACUCCUUGGGGGGAAGGUCAUGGGGGAGCUGCCAUCAAAUUAGAGCGUUGGAAACAUCUCGAGUAGUUAUGGAACCUUGAGAAAGGGAGAUGAAGUGACUAUUCAGAGGUGAAGGAUGAAGUACAUUUUUGUUAUUGUUGAUUUUGUGGCCAAAAUUUGGUUAAAAGUUAACGUAAUCCCCCCUCCCCUUCCCAUUUUGUGCUAUUUUGUUAAUUCUUACACUAAAAAAGAAAAUAAUUGCUGUUUGCAGAAUCAGGGGCUGGCAGGACCGGUUAAUAAUCCAGUGAGUCCCACUGACCCAGACCAGCACCCUUCUGCCACCCAUGCUUUUGCCCUCCUCUGGCCGUGAUCAAGAGAACAGGUUUGUGCAGGGGACCCAGAAGGGGUUGUGA